CUAAUGGCUCUUAUCCCGUCAGUAAUUAUACUCUCUCUCUCUCUCUCGCGUUUGCUCACACCAUUCAUGGCUGCCAUUCUCAGCUUUGCUCCUCUCUCUGUUCCCUCUACGACAUACCCAAAACCCUCUCUCAGAAUCCCUCUUUUUACGUCUCUGCCACUCCCAUCAUCAUCUUCCUCUUCUUCUGGCCUUACAUCUUCCUUCCUGGUUAGAAAUGAAGCAUCUUUGUCUCCAUCAUCCUCACCAAUUCAAGCUCUCGCAGAAGAAGAAGCCGUCGAUGAUUCUUCCCCUUCAGCUUCUUCUUCAAAGCUUGUUCUUGUCGUCGGCGGCACUGGUGGUGUCGGGCAACUAGUGGUAGCUUCGUUGCUCAAGAGGAAUAUUAAGUCGAGGCUAUUACUGCGUGAUCUUGAGAAAGCCACCAAGUUGUUCGGUAAACAAGAUGAAGAUUCCUUACAGGUUGUCAAAGGGGAUACUAGGAAUGCUGAGGAUCUUGAUCCAUCCAUGUUCGAGGGUGUGACACAUGUGAUUUGUUGCACGGGGACUACAGCUUUCCCUUCCCAGAGGUGGAGUGGAGACAACACACCUGAUAAAGUAGAUUGGGAAGGUGUGAGGAAUCUCAUUUCAGCACUGCCCUCGUCUGUGGAGAGAGUUGUUCUGGUUUCAUCAGUAGGUGUCACCAAGCCUAAUGAGCUUCCUUGGAGCAUCAUGAACUUAUUUGGGGUUCUCAAGUACAAGAAGAUGGGGGAAGAUUUUCUUAGGGAGUCUGGUCUUCCAUUCACCAUUAUCAGACCAGGUAGAUUGACUGAUGGACCAUACACAUCCUAUGAUCUCAAUACUUUGCUCAAAGCUACAGCCGGUGAACGGCGUGCUGUUGUUAUUGGUCAAGGUGAUAAACUUGUUGGAGAGGUAAGCAGACUUGUGGUGGCUGAAGCUUGCAUACAGGCGCUUGAUAUUGAGUUUACUCAAGGGAAAGCUUAUGAGAUCAAUUCAGUUAAGGGAGAUGGUCCAGGAAGUGAUCCGCAGAAAUGGCGAGAGUUGUUUAAAGUUGCUGAAUCCAAAUGAUAGGGGAGGACACUGAGAAAUGUGUACAGAUAUGGUCCAGUUGUGUAUACACACAUACUUACUUUUCUUUUGAUCUUUUACUUCAACUUUCAUCUAUAUAUAAAGGACAUGUUCAACUUCA